GUCGCGCGCUUAUUUAUUGUUUAUUUAUUUUUUGGUUUCUGUGCGUCUUUUCAAUAGAAAUCCACUCAUCUGAACAUCGGGAAGUUGCAGGAGCAGCAGCGUUAAAACUUUUGCACUUUUUUCAACACUGCCACUUUAGUUUAUAACCCAUAGGUACUCUCACUGUAUAGCGGCUGAGCCCGGACUCAGUAUCAGGGUCUUCUGUCAGUGCUAGAGAACGUACGCUCAUACAGAAGGUGCACAGCCAGCUGUACCGGCCCCCUUCAAGCUCAACCCCUGCGCUAUGAGCAGAGGUAGAGGAGGGCCUUCGAAAGAACACUACCAUAGGCAUCCUCCACCCCUCCUACAGGCCAAGGAGAAUUACUACAGACCUGGCCCUGACUCAUUCUUUCCCAGACCUGGUCCACAACAAGCCCCAUAUUCAAAUUACUACUACAGCCCUGGCCGCCCUGCAGUGCCUAUACGGCCCCCAGCCCCCUCUCUCAUCCACUCAGCUCCACCUAUAUCAAGCCACAAUAAAGUCGAUCCUCAACCUGUAGCCCUUAACAGCUCACACAACCUAAACUACAAUCCUAGUGCUGUUCCCAAUUCCUUUCAGUACCAACAGGUAGAGUUCCUCAGAGGACAGAUCUCUGAGGCCCCACAGUUCAGAGGCAGUCUACGAGGAGCUGGAGCAGGAGGAGGUGUACCUGGGAGGUCGCUUAGUUUCUCACACCAGCCACAGUCAGGGUACAGUAGAUAUCCAAACCCUAGCAGCAGCCCCAGGGGUAGAGGGGGCUAUAGAGAGGACCAGUGUUUCACAGCCCCACCCUCUGUUGGAGUCCCUAGAGGCACACCAAGCCCCCGACACCUGAAUCAAAACCAGUCACAAGUAAACAAAAACACCAGCCAAUACUCAAACAGACAGUGGUGCCUCCAGGCAGACUCUGUUUGUGAUACAUUUAAGAGUUUGUCCCUUCAUCAAGAGCAGCCUAACAAAGGAAGAGAGAGGUUUAAUAAAUUCACUGCAUCUCAGGGCUCAAAACAUUUGAGCUCUGGUAAACAGAACAUCACUUUCACCCCUGACAUCCAGGAUCAGGUAUACAGGGCUUUGGCUGCUUUGAAGCCAAGUGAGACUAUCUCUGCAAAAUUGUUGGCCAGAAAGAUACGUCUGCCCAAAGGAAUAGUCAACAAGGCUCUCUAUUCUUUGGAGCGAUCACAAAAGGCCUCAAAACAAGGACUUCUUCCUCCUGAGUGGAGUCUUUUUAGAGAACCCAUCAAAGGUGAAGAAUAUCAAAAGGUCCAAAGUUCACCGUCCCAUCGGUGCGCCAGUCCACAGGACACUCAAAAUCCUGGAACCAAAACAGAGCUUAGAACAGAAACAGUAGAACACAGGGAACAAGCCAAAGACAAGGACUCUGAGUCGGACACAGAAUCCAGUUCUUCUUACUGCUUCUCCUCAGUGUCAUCUGACUCCGAAGAUUCUCAGUCAGCAAGCAGUCAGCAUCAGGAGAAGCAGCAUCCCAGCACUAACAGCUCCCCUGAUCCAGCACACAAACACCCCACAAUGGGAGACCAGAAGGAACUUGUUCUGCAGUAUCUCCUGGAUGCAGAGAAUGCCACUGCUCUUGUUAUAGCCAAAAAUCUGGGUCUUAGAAAUGCCAAGCAGGUCAAUCCCACCCUCUACGCCCUGGAGAAGCAAGGUGAUGUUGUUAAGAAUAGUGAUGUCAACCCCCCUACUUGGGAACUCUCCACCCACCGCAGAGAGAGGAUGGAAAGAAGCCUUAAAGCUGCACAAAGAACUCAAGCGGAGGAGAGGGAAAUGAAGAAAGAGGGCAGUAGAGAUGAGAUGGGAGAUGAAUCCAUGUGUGUGCAGUCAUCACCGCAACCAUCAUUACCAGGCCUCGAGUCACUGCCACUUCCAGAGGGUUGGAUGCCAGAACAAAGCCACAGUGAAGUGUCCCAUUCUUCCCUCCAGCUUCCCUCCUUUACUUCAUGUCAAGUUGAAGAGGCCAAUGAAGGACAGUGGGCCACCGAUGACAUCCCAGAAUUCCUCAAUGCCAUUCGCAGAGAGACAGAUGCAGAGCGAAAGGUCUCAGCAAAGCCCAACUCCGUGGGAACUGUUGCUGUCUCAAUAGCUGCUCCGCCUCCGCAAAACUUGUGGGCCAAAUUGCAAGAGGUCAGGCUGAAGAACCCCGUCAGUGGCCUCAUGGAGUAUGCCCAGUAUCUGGGCCAGACCUGUGAGUUCCUACUCCUUGACCAGACAGGACCCUCUCAUGACCCAAGAUUUCGUAUGCAGGUGAUGCUCAACGGGAGGCUGUUUCCUAUUGCAGAAGCAUCUAGCAAGAAAGUUGCAAAAAAAGACGCUGCUGCAGCAACCCUGCGCAUUCUUAUUGGAGAGAUUCAGGGAGGGGCAAACACAGGGGAUGAAGGAAUCCCUGCUAGUCUGGACCAAGUCAUGGAUCUACUUCAAGACCCAAGUGGACCCGGUGAAGGUGUUUUGGGGACAGGUAGUGCAGAAGGGGUGGGGGUGGUUGAGGGACCUCGCCAGCCCCUGUCCCGUUCUCUGCCAGGUGGGAAGAAUCCAGUGUCUGUCCUGAUGGAGUACAGCCAACGCAGUGGAAACCCCAUCGAAUUCAUCAUCACUGGCCAGGCAGGCCCACCACAUGACCCAAGGUUCAUGUACAGGGUGAAGGUUGGAGAGAACUUAUUCGCAGAGGCUUCAGCUCCAAGCAAGAAGGCAGCCCGCCAGCUGGCAGCAGAAGAGGCAGUCAAAGAAUUAAUGGCUGAAGGAAGACUGCAACCCAACAAGCCUCAGUUGCCCCUGGGUUCUUUAAGUGACAGUGAUGGCAGUGGUUCUGGGACUACAUGCCCCGCUUUGCCCCCUCUAACUGCAGAUGAGUUGAGAGCAGCUCAUGAGGCCGGGGUGGGAGACCUCAUCAACCACCUAAACAACAAUGCAGUGUCUGGUCUUUUGGAGUACGCCAGAGCCCGGGGGUUUGCUGCUGAGAUCCGCCUGGUGGGGCAGUCUGGGCCUCCACAUGAGCCCAAGUUCACCUAUCAGGCUAAGCUUGGUGGACGCUGGUUCCCUCCAGUCUGUGCAUCUAAUAAGAAGCAAGGAAAACAGGAAGCGGCAGACGCUGCUCUACGGGUUCUGAUUGGAGAGGCUGAGAGGGCAGCAAGAACUGGGGAGCUUAUCCCAGCUGAGCUUCCAGUGAGUGGCAGCACUUUGCAUGACCAGAUAGCAAUGUUGAGUCACCAGCGUUUCAAUUCCCUGACCACACGUAUUCAGCACAGCCUUCUGGGACGUAAGAUUCUGGCCACCAUCGUCAUGAGGAGAGGGGAAGGCCUGGGGACUGUUGUCAGCCUGGGAACUGGGAAUCGCUGUGUUAAAGGGGAGGAGCUGAGCCUUAAAGGGGAGACUGUUAAUGAUUGCCACGCUGAAAUCAUCUCCAGAAGGGGAUUUGUUCGGUUUCUGUACAGUGAGCUGCUCAGGCACUAUGACGGCGCAGACAACAGUAUAUUUGAGCCUGCAGAGAACAACAAACUGCAAAUCAAAUCUGACAUCACCUUUCACCUCUACAUUAGCACAGCCCCAUGUGGAGAUGGGGCUCUGUUCGAUAAGUCGUGCAGCGAGUCAGGGGAUGAAGUUGAGGGCCACCAGCCACUGUUUGAGAAUGCUAAGCAGGGAAAGCUCCGCACCAAAGUGGAAAAUGGUGAGGGCACUAUCCCUGUGGAGUCCAGUGCAAUUGUACCCACCUGGGAUGGCAUCCAGCAUGGUGAAAGGCUGCGGACCAUGAGCUGCAGUGAUAAGAUUCUGCGGUGGAAUGUAUUGGGCCUGCAGGGGGCGCUGCUCUCUCAUUUCCUGCAUCCCAUCUACCUGAAGUCAAUCACACUUGGUUAUCUGUACAGCCACGGACACCUGACACGUGCUGUUUGUUGUCGACUUGCCAGAGACGGUGAAGCAUUCAUACAGAGUCUUCCUUCUCCGUUCAGGCUCAACCAUCCAGAGGUGGGCAGAGUGAGUGUGUAUGAUUCCACACGUCACACUGGCAAAACCAAGGAGUCUAGCGUCAACUGGAGCUUUCCAGACCAGCACAGUGUAGAAGUGCUAGAUGGGACCAAAGGCAAACUAGAUGGGAACAAACUGGCCGUGUCUCGCGUGUCCAAGUCCAACCUGUUCUGCCUGUUCCGGACCUUGUGCCAGCGGUGCGGCCGCAAUGACCUCCUCGCCAUGCCUUCUUAUAACCAGGCCAAGAUGUACGCCAUGUCCUUCCAGCUUGCCAAGCGGCAGUUCUUUGAUGCGCUUGUUGUCCAUGGUUACGGAGCCUGGAUUGGCAAACCACUGGAAGAAAAAAGCUUUGAGGCAGGUGAGGGAACUGGGAACAAUGGGGCAAAUGUCCCUGCAGGCCACGGCAGCAGUAGAAACGGAGGAGCAAUGGAGUUCAAGCAAGAGGAGGCAUAGAAUGGGGAUGGCUGUAUGGUUAAGUCAGUAAUAAACAUAUAUGGGGGGUGAAAAGCACAAGGCUGGGGCAUAUCACAAGGGUGAACGCCUAGAGAUAAAAGGACAAUCAGGCAACGUGUAGCCAGCAGCCAGAACUGUAUCCUCUGAUUAAAAAUGGUUAAAGGCUUCAGUGAAGAGUGAUGGUAAAGGACAUAACAAGUGAGAGGAAGAGAAGAGCAGCGAGGAGAUGAUGAGGGAAAGCCUAAAGGAUGAGUGUCGUCACAGUAAAUGGAAAGCUCUUGAGAGAUCCAAGGAGUGCAUUAAAUAAUCUUAAAACUACACGAAAAGGAAAUAAUUAGUUAUCACCAUUGCAAACUGCUACAAAACUGUAUUAAUUUAUUGGACAAUUAGAGGUAUUCGCAGUAAUGGUGUGUAAUUUCCCCAUUGGAUUUUCAGAUUUUCCUGGUAGUGUCAUGUCCUUAAGUCAGAGAGGUGGCAGAUGAAAGGAAAGACCUAUAUUAAAGUGUUCGUAAGUAGUUGGGCCAGUUGUUUCUAAAAUAUCCCCCCAUUUGGUGUUUUGAUGAUGGCAGUGGAGAUCUCGGGCUAAUAUAUCAGUCCCAAAUCCCCCAAAACGUUGACAGCUGGUGACUGUAAAGACCAGAGUUUAUGAUUCACAUCAUUUUCAUGCCUCAAUCAUCCAGCGGUCCUUCAUACCCUCUGGAUGGGGGGCAUUGCUAUCCUAGAAGAUAAAACUCCUGUCAGGUUUUUCCUUUCAUUUGUCACCCAUAUGUAAAAAAAAAAAAAAAAAAAAAAAACAAUAAUAUAUGUUUCAUUGAUUGGAAUUGCAGCCAACUAAUUGGGACAGUUCAGUUAUUGGACAAGCUGACAAGGGCCAGUAAUUGGAAUUCAACCUAAUAUGACCUGUUAUUGUUCUGUUUAAACCGUCUGUCAUGAAAUUAUAAAGUUGCUCCCUGUUCUACUGUCUGCAAAUAAAUACAUGAUGUAUGUAAAAAGGAUGGCAGGUAAAAACAACACGACACUCGGAGCAGUAAAAUGUUUGAGAAUUGGACACUAGUUAGAUGUCAGAAAUAAGUCUGGAAAAUAGUUCUUGCUCAGUAUCAUUUUAGCUAAUUGUGUACAUAAGAAGCUUUCGCUGCACAUGAGGUAACAUCAUUGCCAUUUUUUUCCCCAGAUCAGUGAUGAAGCAAACAUUCACUCUGAUAUUUGAGGCUUAAUCUCCUGUACAGACGCUGCAGUUUUUAAUUUCUGAGUUAAAACAGAUGUAAAGUUGAAAGUUGAUGUCCAUCCCAUCCUCAUUUUGUUGCCAUGGUUUCCGGUAUAGAUGAGCGUGCCCUUUGAUCAGUUCUAUGUUUCUUGUGCUGACCUCCUGUCAUGAUCUCCAAGAACUAUAGUAUUUGUUUUGAAUCUCUGCGUGUUAUUUGAGUUUUUUCCAUUUUAUAUUCUGUUGUGUUAUUUUAUCCAGUUCAUCAACGCCUGGCCAUGCCGCUAAAGUCCAGGGAAGUCUUAAAUCUCCUGCCUGCAGCAUGUCUGCAUAUUGUUUUAUACAUCUUAUAAUCACAUAUGUGGUGAAAAGGCUUUCAGUUUCUCUCACGUGGCCAGGUCUUGAUGGACCACAAAUUGAGACAAUUUUGUUGUCUGAAGAAAUGUCAGUUGUUUCUUUGGUAUCAGUUAGGUGGAUUAUGCAAUAUAUACAUCAAGAAUACACACAUGCAUAAACACACACGUACAGUCAGGUCUACGAGGCUGAGUCCACUUCUCAUUAUGAAAAUAAAUAAACAGCUUUAUUAUAAUACACCCAUAAAAAUAAUAACAUUUAAUUUAUUUUUUAAGUAAUUUAGUAAGUAUAGUAACGAUAUUAUGGUUUCGUUUAUUACUUUUUAAAUUUUCAGUAUCCUAUUUAAAGUCUGGAUUCAUUUGUCACUUUUAUACAACAGAUUUUCCUUUCUAUGGUUAAAGUCAAACAGUCACUCAAUGUCUAAAACAAUUUACAGUGUUACAAAAUUCAAGCAGCCCACAAAAAUAGCUGAAAAGUGCAGAUCUUAAAUGCAUUGAAUCCUUGCAUUUCUCAUUUGGGAACUCAGACUUUUAGACUUCACUGUGUGUGUGUGGAUCAUGUAUGCUAAUGUCUGUGUGUAUGCAUACGUGUAAGUUUAAUGUCUAUAUUUUGUAAAUCACCUACAGUUGUUCAAGAUUAUUUGUUGUUUUAAGUAAACUUUACUGAAAUGUGUAGUUUUUUUCUACCAAUGAAAUUUGAAACUAAAGAAUACAAAAAGUA